AGAUACUUAGGGACAGGGUUGGCUGAAAGACGGAUGCUGGAUACAGUAUGCCCAGUCAGGCAAGAUGGGCUUCCCGUGGUUAUCCAUUGAAGGAUUCAUAUUCUAUUCCAAGUGUCUGUUGGUGUUUAUCUAGUUCUGCAGGUACUUUCCAAACAUUUCCGAUGGAUAUUCCUACGCACCAGUAGGGCCUGGCUCACCGACGACAUACGAAUGCGGCUUUUGCUGAUCACGUUGGCACACGUCUUGUCCUCGAAUACAAUAGCGCCAUCUUGUCAUGUACCCCAUCAUUCUAGCCGCCACUAUUCCAUCCCUGGCUGCCAUUGUGGACAUGACAACGUCUGCAGACAUGAUCGGCAUUGUCUUAAUGCCACAAAGAAUUAGCCACAGGGCUGAUAUAUAUACUUUCGCAGCCAGAGAGUAAUCAUCUAUCCUUUCCUUCAGAUGAUCGAGUGCAGUAUAUGCUACAACCCCUUCAUGGAUCCCUAUGCUGCAGCCUGCGGUCAUGUAUUCUGUCUGGCCUGCAUAGAUGAAUGGUUCGCCUUCACUGCACAACAACAACGCAUAUGCAAAUGUCCUAAUUGUAAUCUGGUGAUCAGGAAAUGUGUCCUUCGAAAAAUAUACAUCCCCCAGUCGGAAGCCCUGGUAGAAGAGUUGUCUGCGCUGCGUAUCCAAGUCAAGGAUCUCGAAGUAUGCAACGCCUCUCUGAAAUCUGAAGUGGAAGGGCUGAGAAACGAAGUGGAAGGCUAUCAGAGUUUGACUGAAGAACUGUUGGCUGACAUGUACAACGACGAUGACAGCGAGCCGCAGAAGAGAAAUCUAGUGGCAUCCGCGUGGCAUGGCAUUCUUACCACCACUAAGAAUGUCAUUUCUCGAGAAACUGCUUUGCGUGGAGUGGCCUCCAUGUUGUACGACUUCCUUACGAGCGCUGGAAGUGUCCUCCUGUGGUUUGGCGUCGAAUUCGUCUGGCGCGUGGCGACCCGUCCGGAGGAAUGUCUGAGGGAGGCGGCAAUGUAUGUAUGGGUCUUCACUGAUAUUGUCGCUUCGGCGAUGAUUGUUGUUGUCGCACUGGUGGGGAUCCUUUGUGGGCACUAUGAAUGUAUGGCGAUCUGGGUCGACUAUGGGUAUCCGAGGUUGUGUGGAUUGAUUCAGUGUAUGAGGAGAAAGAGUAGCCCCGUACUUGGUCCGUCGGAUCCAUGAACAACGAAGCCACCAGAACGUCAGCGCGUACUUGUAAUAUGGUCAUGAGCAGGCUGUGUAUGAAU